AUGGCGGUGAAUGGUGGGAAAUGCCAAGAUGUAAACAUUGAUAGGAGGAUGACAGGGCAGCCGCACCGAGGGCCUCUGGGCGCUCCGGGCUCCACCAAGAGUGGCAGGAGCCACAGCCAGGGCUCUGUAGCAGUCGUCUACCUGUCCUACCUCAACACUCUCUUUGGACAGGAUAGGGAGCUGAUGCCUGAGGAGUUGGAUGAGCUGCAGGUGGCCUUUAAGGAGUUUGACUACGAUGGGGAUGGCUUCCUGCAUUACAAGGACAUGGCCGAAUGUAUGAGGGCCAUGGGAUACAUGCCCUCAGAGAUGGAGCUCAUAGAGAUUAUACAGCAGAUCAAGAUGAAAUGGGGCGGUCACGUGGACUUUGAUGAUUUCUGUACUGAGCUGAUGGGCCCUAGGAUGCUGGCUGAGACGGCUCACAUGAUGGGGAUGAGGGAGGUACGCAGUGCUUUCAAACAGUUUGACAGCAACGGGGACGGGCGCAUCACCUUGGAGGAGCUGAAGGACAGCAUGAAGGCCCUGCUGGGCGAGAAGCUGAAGAAGGACAUCGACCUCAACAAGGAUGGCGGAAUAGACUUUGACGAGUUUGUCAUGAUGCUGUCGUCGCGGUAG